AUGGGACAUUCACAGUCCCGUCAGCAGCCGAGUGGGUCAGAUGAGGCUGCCGACGAGCAUGCUGGCCCGUCUCGAAGCUACGCACAUGAUGACCACCCCCCCUCACAGACCAACGAUGCGGCCAAUGGAGCAGGCAGUCGGCGCAAGAGGCGGCGUCGAGAUUCUGCGUCCUGGACCCAGUCUUCAGCCGAGCACGCUUCACAGCGACGAAGGACGUCACCUCGUCUUGCCUCUGCCCCUCCGGCCGCCAACGACACUCCUGCUACCAACCCAGAGUCGCAUCAACCCUCGACUCAAACCACAGGCGAUGCGAUGGACAUCGAUGCAAGCGAAGCACAAUCCAGCAUCGCAGCACCACCGGUCAGCAGUGAUACUCCCGUUCGCCAAGUGCAACCGCCACCCUCGGACCUGCAGCAGAGGUUCGCUGUUGUUCAGUCGCAAGGUGAUACCUCACCGCGUGUGGGAGACGGAUCAACACCUCCUCCGCACCUAGAUCCCCUUCGUGAUGAGCGGGAACGCGCCCGAAGACGCAUUCUCGAGACGCUUGGCGCCGCUCCUCCAAGUGCCGCGUCGGCUCCGUCAUCAAGCGGUAACAGCACGGCUGCGCCCGCCUCAAGCUCAGCAGCCCCACUCGCAACCAAUGCAUCUGCCUCUCCCAGUCCAGCCUCGGCUUCCGCCACUAUCGCCGCUCUGCUAGGAGCUGUGGCAACCAGCACCUCUCCUUCCCAAGCCAACAACCGUGCCGCAGCUCCUGCACCACCAGACGCCGCUCUUCCAACGGCAACUACCACGCCUCAGACCAGCCCUCCACAGCAGCAGCGUCCCCAAACCGCUCGACCUCAUGCGUUCCGUGUCCCAUUGCAGCCGGAAAUGAUCAGCGGGACCUCGAUGGUGGUGCAAGGCGCUUUGGUGGCCCGCACGGUGGCCAAUCGAGCCAACUCGCCUAAUCCUGCCAUGCCAGCAAGACCAAGUCAGCCCAAUACCGCUCAAGGUGUUAGCAGCUCUGCGUCCAGCCCGACGCCUUUGCAGCCAGAGACUGUCGAUCGUACUUCGACCGGUGGCCAGAAUCAUUUUGGCGUACCUGGCGCCACUCUUGAAGGUGACAACCUGCGUGGCGCCGUGACACUCGAAGAACAGGCGGUCAUGCUCAGCCGCAUCCUCGGCAUCGCAGCCGCAGCCACGGCAGCUUCUCUGCUCAACACUGCCGAUGCUCAGCAGGUGGAUCCUUCUUUGCUUCAAACCAGCCUUCGACGUCCCUUUGAACGCAUGAACCAACAAACAGGCGACGGUAACGAUCGCUGGCUUGCCGACUGGCAACGCGGUGGCAGCAACCAGCCAUCAUCUUCUGGCAGCUCAUCAGGAGCGCAGCUCGGUACUUCAACCACGUCGGAUUCUGGCAACGGUCUGCGAGGUCGGCUCGCUGCGCUGUCUCGUCGCGUGCAGAGCGCAUCGAGCAGCUCUGGCCUACCCAGCGCUCGACAAGAGGACGGGUCUGCUUCCAGUGACUCGAGCAGUGCGACCGCUGGGUCAUCCGCAACACCGACUGCUGGCUCGGCAAGCACUGCCCGUCCACCCGGCGGCACUUCCGAAGGCAGCCAAGCAUCCAGGCAGCAAGAAAUCAUCGCGCAUCUCCUCAGUGCCGCAGAGCGGGAGGCGACAUCCCAACGUCUGACGCGUCUGCGAUCGGCAGAUCAGCCGACGACUUCUACAGCGGCUGUAUCCAGUGACACGACUCGCUCUACCAGUUUCAGCGCGUCUCGACCUCUUGCCAACCGUCCACAGCAGGACCCGCCGCGCAGCACUCUUUCUCGACUCGUUCGAUCCACCAUCGGAUCCCUCAUGCGUCCCAGCCGUCUGCUUUCCGGUCGAAGUGCACAGACAGACGACACCCAGUCGUCCGGCGCACAGCGAGAAGGGUGGAGCAGAGGAUCAGCUGGAUCUGGUGGCUCAGGCAGACGGACGAUCCCGACGUCGGACUUCUCCCUAGGUCCCAACGACGUCGCCGGUUCUUUGCGGCAAGUGCGCAAUGGAAUCCUGCCUGACGGCGUUCCAGGUAGCUUUGGCAGCUUCUUGAACCACUUGGUCAACGAUCUCAUGGCGGCGGUUCAGCUUAUGCAGCCCUCGAGCGGGGAGGCGCCCGAGCAACCUGGAUCGCAGCCGUCCCAGACGACCAAUUACUUUGAGCAUGCCACGCAGAGCGAAUCGACUUCGGGAGCUGAGGUGCUCGAUGGCGAGGCUUCUGCUGCUCCUUCCUCGACUGCACAGCCAGCGCAGGCCGCAGCCACGGCAUCGAUUCAUGACGCUCGCAGCGACGCUCAGUCUGGUACAGGCGAAGGAAGCAUCGAGGCCCAGGCAGCCCGCCAACGAGACUUCCAGAAUGGCAACCUGUCCUUCUUCCGGCUCUUCCGCUUUGAUCCUAUCGCGCCCUCGCAGCUGGUGCCAUGCAUUGUCGUUGGCGUGCGCAGCCUCAACGUGACCGAGCGCUUCGGCGAAGAGAUGACUGGCGCUCAGGCACCUGGCCCUGGGCGUGACUUCAACGGGUCGCGCCAACAAACCUCGCGACCCACGACACUUGGACGCUCAGGGCCCACAGCUCCACCGCUACGUCAGCGAGCUUCGUCAGAGGGUGCUCCCGCGUCGGCGCCUCCCGCUGGAGAAACGACGGGAACAAACGAAGAAGAGCUCCCAGCAUCGCGCUUCAUGCUGUUCGUCUCCGGCGGCCGCUAUCCCCCAAAUCACCCGUUGCUCACCUCGAACCCGACGACGGCGGGUCGAGAUCUGAUGAUCCUGAUGGAUCUGCUGAGCACGAUGCAGGCCAUGCAGCACAAGCCUGCUACCGUGACGCAACAGGAGAUCGACGCCAGCGAGCUCAAGAAGAUCAAGGGCUCCGAGGUAGCUGCCAUGGUGCGCGACGGCAAGAUCACAGAGAACAUGCUCGAGCGCUGCCUGGUCUGUCUCGAGGAGUGGGGCGACGAUGAUACGUGCCGUCUGCUUGCUUGCCGACACGCCUUCCACACGGGAUGCGUGGAUCGAUGGAUGACCUCGUCGUCCAACACGUGCCCCAUGUGCCGACGCCAGGGUGUCAGCAAGGACGGCCGACAGGCAGGUGCUGAGACGGCUGACUCUCAGCGAGCGGCACAGGCCUGA